AUGCAGGUUGAAGAGCCAGGCCCUGAGCUAAAUAUUAUAGGUGAUAUCCGUAACAUACUCAACUUUCACUCCAGGAACGAGGUCUCGGCGUUUCCGGAUACAGAGGAUAUUCAAGCCCACCUACGCGCUUCGGAAAGAGCAGCCAUCGACAGGUUCCAUGGAUCAGUCGCCACGCUGGGCGAAUCACAGCCCAGGACGCAGCCGCUAGCUGACACAUUGCCGUUUGUCAUUUCCCCACAGAUCGAAACGUCAUACUGGAAAUUCCGCAUCAAGACCGGCCAGUCAUGGCCACGCGCCCCUAUUAAAUUCGACCUAGACACCAUCGAAAAUUGGGUUCGACUAUUUACCAUCGACGAUGACCCGCAACUCACGUACGAAACCCAGACCGGCGUAUUGCCUGGCAGGCAGGGAGCGGAUGCACAAAUAGCAUGCGUCCAGUCUGUCGACAUCGACAACGGCUCCAAAUUUGAGUGGCCGCGCUUGUCAUACGAUCACGACCGACCGACGAUCCACGAGGCUCGCGAAGCCAUCGAGUCUCUUAUCGCGCGAGCGCUCAAGAAUAUAAACACCUCAGCCGUAUCUUUCAGCAGCGGAGCUUACGUGAGACUGCCGACCCCGACUUUUCAGCACCCCGGAGAACGGCUUGCACAGCUUUCGAUUCAGCCGGAGUUCCCCGAUUACACGCAGGUGUAUUUCCACAUCGUGGGCGAGGACGGAGUCACGGGCUUCCAUAUCGAGGAUAAUGGUCUGCGGUCUUUCAACCUGUGCCAUGUUGGCUACAAGGCCUGGGUGAUUAUACCCGACAGCUCGCGGGACGCUUUUGAGCAGUAUGUCAUGCGUAAGCUGGGGCUGCCAGCGAGCAUGAGAAGCCAACUGUGCGACCAAUUCGUGAGGCACCUGGGCGUACUCUGCUCCCCAGCCCAGCUGGAGGAAGCUGCUGUCGAGUACCGAAUCGUGGUGCAAGGCCCCGGCGAGUUUGUCACCACAACCCCGUUGGAGUAUCAUAUGGUGUUGGGCUUGACAUCGUCCAUCGCCACAUCCAACAAUUUCAUAUACCGGGACGAUCCUGACAUCGUGGCAGCGCUGGAGAAUGCUAAGCUGGGCAGUCAUACGGCCACCGUCCAGGCGCUCAUUCAACAGCUGGCGAAACCGAUAAGCAAAUGCAGCAUCAACAGCCUGAUUAACCCUAAGCAUACCGAUGGACGCGAGGCUUGCAACCAGGACAGCAGCACUAGCGUCGACAAUAACGAGAGGCAUCUUAGAAUGAAGGGCGACGAGAACAGCGGCAGGGGUGACGCGGUACCUGAUGGACGAGGCGAUAGCGGUAGGAAACGAUCCACGUUGCCGGAAGGGGAGAGCCUGGCUAAGCGCAGAAAGCCUCUGCCACCAGCCUCGCACCAAGCAACCAGGGUGUCGGCGACGGCCGCGAGUGAAGCCACGGAGCGCCAGGAGCGGGCCGCCGUGGCUGCGUCUUCCUCUCUCCGAGCUCUCACUCGACGUAAUAUGCGGCCCCGGACCCGAGAAUCUGCGCGAAUUGAGGUAGAACGGCAUGUGAGGCGCAGAAGCACUGCCGCAUCGCAUACGGCAGCGCAAACGAAACCGUCGCCUGUGCCUUCAGAUUCGCCACGCGACCGACAGACCAGUGCGCGAGAGUUACGAAGUCCUUCAACGUCGGGUACAGACGCCAACAGUGGCAGCGGUGGUGAAGAGAGCGAUACCACACCGGCUACGUCUCCCGACAGUACGACGUCCUGUACAGCGUCGUCCAUGCGCCACGAUAAUCUAGCACAGUUCGACGCGUUCUACGAAGCGAAUACAAUCAGUCGGAGCCAGCUCGUGGCCCAGCCAGCACACGACAGAUGCGGACUCGCUGCCGUUCUCUACACCAAGCAACAUCUUGAUGACUUUUUCGCUGCGGUCAAGGACCACCAGAACGACAUGUCGAACGGUGGGGGCAGAAGUGAACUCGAGAAGGGCCUCUCGUCUGCCAACGGUUCGAGUGCUGAAGACCCUGUAACCUGCGCAAUGCGAGACGCCAUUCUCGAGAUGGUAAAGAGUGACCGUUAUCGCAUAGGUAAACAGAGAUCCGAUUAUAAACAGCGUUUCUUUUGUUACGCCGCUCGUCGCCUCUGGGAGGGAGCUCGAUUGACGUCACGUUGGGGUCCGUACAAGGCGCAGGGCGGAGGCCAGAUCAAACUUGACCCCGCCGUGAGGGAAGGACUUAUCCGGCGACUACUCCCAGCGGGUUCCACGCAGGAGGACAAGGCAGUGCUGUCGGGACACAUCGACUCGGUCCUGCUCCAAGGAUCCAAAUGGGAUUCGGUAGCGACAGGCAUAGGCAUGGGUAUCAUUGCUCUCAUACCCCGCCGCCGCAGGGAUUCCCACGUUCUCAACGUUGCUGCCAGAUACUACUACUACGGGCUGCACGGUGAACACUCACUGUCGAGGCUACAGGAAUUCCAGUCUGCCCUCGACACCCCGUACAUGAAGGCACUGCUCGCUGCGGCCAACUCUCUAGCCCAGGCAAUUGUCCAGAAGAGGGAUGUCCGCUUCGCGUUCAAUGAUUAUCGUGGCGAGAAGCCAAUCUCAAGCCUGCCGGAGGCUGAAAUUUGCCGUCUUCUUAAGACACUCCCGCGCAAGGAUUCCGACGGGCGUGACUUGCAGUCCUCGCCUCCACCUGGUGGGAUAGUUGCUGUCGAGCCGGUUGCGAGCACUACCUCUGCCCCAGGAGGCCCCCCAGGUCCUGAAUUAGAUACAUCGAAGUAG